UAUACUGAACGUACAAAAAAUGUAUUUACGGUAUUUUGAAACUAAAAUGCGUAAUAAGUUUCAGAUAUUAUUUUAAUAGUGACUAGUUUUAAUUAUAUUUGUACAUUUGUAAUUUGAAUUCCAUUAAUCAAUAGUUAAAUAGUAAUUAGUAUUAUUUAAAUAUUAUAUAUGAUAAUAAUAUGUUAUGUUAAAUGCAAAAGUUGACAAAGUUUACUAUAUUAGUAUAAGUAACACAAAUUUUACAAUUUACUAUUUUACUUGAAUUAGUAUGAACAAAACAGAUUAUCUUUCCUGAUGCAAGUAUAAAAACACUAGACGCGUUUUGACUUCGGACUGGUGGAAUAAUCAUCAUCACCAAAUUUAAUCAAUCUGUAGUAGAAACGCACCAAUACUUCAAUUAACAAAAACAUGAACUUUGGUAGCACAAUCAUGUUACAACCACAGACAUUGGAAUAUGUUUGUGCUUACAAUAUAAUUGAAACGACAGAAACUUACGUCUCAAAUUGUAAUAGACUCAAUAUAAUUUUACAAGUUACUAUUUAUAUAUUACAAUUACAGUUUUGCAACGAAAAUAUAUAAUGAUAUUACUGAAGUAUUACAAAUCAAAAUAUAUCUAAAAAACAAAGAAUAAUAUAUUGAAUAAGUGUUCUUAAAAAAUGAUUAUUGAAACGUUCACUACUAGUUAAUCCUUUGAUCGCGAAGGGCAUACAUAUCCGUCCAUAAAAAUUCGUUUUUAAUUUGAAGUCUCAACAUUUCUAAAUAAAGUUGUAGCAUCAUUAUACUCACAAUGAGAAAUUGUGAGAAAUAUCGAUUGAAACAUCUGAGUUACGGAAAACAAAAUACGGUCACCUACUAAUUCACGAAGGAACACGCGGUUGAACAGUCAGUCGAACUCGAACGAUAUAAAAUAAAGAAUAUUCCACCCGGUUGUAAUCACGUGGCACAGCUAGUUAUGAAUAAGAAUAGAAACUAAAUAAAAUGGCGAAAAUUAAUGGUUUUGAAAAUAAUAAAACUUUAUUCAUGUACGUAACACAAACAUGUGCACGAUCGCACACAUACAUUUACGAACAAAACUAAACAAUUUCAAAUUGUAUAUAAAUUCGCGCGCUCGUAUUCCCACAAGGGAAGGAACAAGUGCGUCACCGUUAUUCGAAAUAUUGUUUAGAAUUUUUUCGCUCACUUUAAAAUUGUUUUUAAUAGACAGCUGAAAUGGAUAAAUUUAUUUGUAACAAGUGUUUCGCUACAAUUGCGAGAGGAAAACAACCUUUCGUAUUAACGCAAUGUGGGCAUAUAUUUUGCGACGUAUGCAAACAAGCGGUAGAUAAGCAGUGUCCUCAAUGUAAACAGGUGGGUGUUUAUUUUGUGGAAUUGCAACAACCAUCCUUGGCAAAGAUAGAAAAUUAUUUUACUCCAAUAACCAAAUCUCUGGAGUCAUUAAACCAAAUAUGUACUUUUCAAAAUCAUCAAACGGAUCUUGCGAUACAACGUUUUCAUGAUAUUGACAAGAAAUAUCAAAAAUUGAAGACUUAUUACCAAAAUCUUUCUAUGCAUAUGAAGUUACUAGAGGAGAAGUAUGCGCAGCUCAAAAUAGAGAAUGCAGAGUAUAAGAAAAAACUUAUGUCAAUCGAAAUGCGUAACAAAAUGGUAUAUUCUUCAAGCAGUGUCUCGUCACUAACUGAUAAAAGAAAUAACAGAAGACCAAUGGCACACUCGUACCUUUUCUCUCAUGGAAUUAAAUUGAGCACUGAAUCUUUAAACGAGAGAAGAGAAGAUAUGACUGGUGGAUUCCAUGCACCAUGUCUGAGAUCUAUAGAUGUAAUGAAUGUUUGUCAACCUUCCAAUAAUAGAAAUUAUGCUUAGUUACUACUUAUGCUUCCAGAAUUUAAAUAAAAUUAAAAUAUUUUAUCAUGAAAUCAAAAUCAGUUCACACUUUAAUAAAUAUGUAAUUUGUUUAAUUAAAAAAAUUGACAAAACCAUUAUCUCCAGUCUUUGGAAAUUUCUAAUUUCUUGCAUGCUUCAUGAGAAAGCAAAAUGAUUUGUCACAGAAUAAUUUUAAUAUAAGUAUUACGUUCAUAAUAAAUAAUGUUAAGAAACUAUUGAUAAGUAAAAUUUUGUUGAUUCGUUAUCAAAUACCAGAUACAAUCUUAUGGUUGUAACAUAGCUACAAUAAUUAUUUAUGGUAAUACAAGAAUAAUAAUGCUUUGAGAACUAUGUUCAAUAAAUAAUAAACUAUUCCUUAUUUUUAACAAUAAAAUCAUACGAUAUUCAAUAGUGAUCUAACUUGUUAAGUAUAAUUUUAAGGUUACACAUAUUUGCGUAUAUAUUAUCGUGAAAGCAAAUGAUUCAAAGAACGAAAAAAUUGUUAAUGCGUCUAGCAGUAUCUAGUAAUAGUAUUUAGUAAUAGAUGUAUUUACUACAAUAAUCAGUGAAUAUAUAAAAUUUAUGUACAUAUAUUAUUCCUUGUUCACAUUCACUAGUGAAAAUAUAUCUCUAUAUAUGUGUACAUUCACUGUUCAUUAGUUAAUGUUGUAAUUUUCAUGAUACAAUUAUAGGAAAUCUUUUAUUAUCUAAAAAACAGAAUUAUGACCAAUCCUGAUCAUUACCUUUUGCUCGUAACCAAACCAUCUGAUUCUGUUUUCAAGAUAGUAAGAAAUGUAUUAUAAUUAUACCUUUCUAACUAAAGAAGGAUAGCAUUUUAUGUACAUCGGAAGGUCGUAAUUUGUUAACUUCGUAUAGUAAAUAAAAAACUUAAUUACAAAUAACCUUCGAACACAAUAAUUUAAAUACACUUUCACAAUAGUAAAGACACAAAUACUUUUCAAUUUACUUUUGUAAACUUCGUUUGUGCUAAUACCUAAAAUUUAUAAUUUGAAAACAGAAUAAAAUCUAUUUUUAGUAAGUUUUUAAUCUUCU